UUGUAUAAGCAGGUCCAACUUUACUGUUGCGCAGCGGUGUAACUGAACAUAACACGAAAAGUAGAGGACGUUCAAUUAACCUUGAUUAGAAAAUCCAUCAUUCUCCAAAUGGCAUCCUCAACGAGCUUGCGUCCCCAAAACAAUAAGAAUACGGAGUUUACGGGGAUUUUGAAGAAUCAGGAACUAAAUAAAGUGCCAGAGAGUUCGAGGUCCAAAGCCUGCACUGCUCCGUCGUCAAACGGAGGAUCUGAGAAUCGGGACCCCAAAGAAACUUCCAACCGCACAAAAGGAGGAAAUAAAUCGAGGGGUGUCAGCAGGCUUCCAGUCCUUGCAAAGUCAAUGCAAACACUUUCUACAGACAUCUGUCAAAGUCCAAGCCAUAGGCGAUGGGAAGGGAGGCCUCUACGGGGUAAGUCUCAGAAGAGAAGGACCUGCUCUAAACCCAUUCUGUUCAGUUUGUCCAAAGCUUGGAAUUGCAACCAGAUGAGCACUGAAGGUGUGUCUGUUAAAGUGAGCAAGUCUGGAGUGACUCUGAGCUGUUGUCCACCCAAAGCACGGCGCAUCCCUCAAAACAGAACGCCUCCUGCUGCUGCUGCUUCACUAGAGACACCCAAGCAUCACCAACACAAUGCAGCAAUGAAAACUCUCCCAUUUAGCCUAGAGCAUCAUACAAUUGCACCGUCAAAACCUAAUAAAGCAGUGCCUGAGACAUGGUUGGGCGAUGACCCGUCAUCUGAUGAAAUGGCAUCAUCCAUUCAGAGGGACUUAAGUGCACAACUAGCUAGAAUUACCCUUGCACAUUCAGAACUUGCCCCAGGUUAUUCUGUUGGAAUCAGUGGGGUUGAAGACAAAGCAGAUUGCCAGGCAAAGACCAAAAGCUGUAUUCAGACUCCCCUUUCUGCUAAUUGUACAAGAAAAACAGGUGUGUGUGGUAUUGUGCAGUCUGAAGGAGUGGACAGUACUGUUUAUAUGCCUCAGAGAGUGUCCAUGAAGAAGAAGGAAGACUGUUCUAGAACUGAGGCUAUGUCAGAAAACACUGUUGCAUUCUCGCCUGAUCUGGCAGCCCUGUGCAGUAUUUUGCUGAAUGAGGGUGGUAAAGUGGGGGGUCAGGUUGGAGCAACCCCCCGGAUAUCUGCCGACCCCUCUGGGCGAGGAACCUCCAUCUACUCUGCCCAAAGAGUUCCUGUCAGAAAGCCACAGACAGGCAUAGCAGCAGAGCCUGUUGGUGCUGUUUUAUCCUCCCCUGACCCUUCACAUAACUUCCUGCCGAGUGAGGGAGUGGGCAUCUCUCUCGGAGCGACUCCACGCGUGUCCGUGUUCCCCACAGGGAGAGGAACUUCUGUUUACUCCGCUCAGAGAGUCCCCAUUAAGAAGGCUCAAACAGAAACCACUACAACACUGCCAGGAAGGGACGCUAUAUCGUUCUCCCCUGACCCAGGAGCCCUGCGUAGUAUUUUGCUGAAUGAGGGUAUUAAGGUGGGGGGUCCUGUUGGAGCAACACCCCAGGAGACCACCAGGCCCUCAGCGAGAGGAGCCUCCAUCUACUCUGCUCAGAGAGUACCAGUGAAGAAACCCAGGGAAGUCGCAACGCAGCCUGGUGCCAGCCGAACUCCUGCCGGGAACCAGACGCAGCCGCGGGUUCCAUACAGCCAGCUCCAGUCUGCGAGGAGGCUAAUCUCCGCACAUAAGACGUCCUUCUUCAGAGGCUCUCCGGGGCUAAGGGAAACCCAAGCCUCUGCCACAGACAGUUCUGCCCAGCAUGAAGAGCGUGUGGUUCAGAGAUUAUUUCAGGAGGAAGCAGAGCAGGAGGACGAGGAGGGGCUGGUGGAAGGUGCUAUUUCUGGUCAAGUACGGGAGCAUCACUGCACUAUUGAGCCCGGCUUGCGGCGGGGAAACGGCAUGGACGCGGGUCUCGGCUGUUCGGAGAAGGAGAGCGAGCACCGUGCGGGUCAGCCCUUUAUCCAAGCAGCACACAGGCAGUCGGUCAUCGUGUUCUCUUCUGGACGGAAGCCACUCGUGCCAGGCCUGCGUGAUGCUGUGGACCGUGCUGCUGCCCCGCCGACCCGGCAGCAUGCAGGGCAGAAGGAGCCCUCCGCAGCCCAGACCAGCGGAUCACAGAGUGCACCAAAUUCAGAUGCAAACAAACAAAUGAUGCCCAGUGUGCUGUGCAAGACAAAAGCCUCUAGCACCAGCUUGGCAGUGUGUGCCCUGAGACGGCGUCUCCCGCCCCUAGAGGAGCUGUUCCUGGAUGAGGAGUGUGCUACCUACAUGUCAGACCAGCAGUCAUGGCCGACACGGCCCCGCUGCACCAACCCUGUGGCCUCCACGCUCCUCUUUCACGACUCCAUGUGUUUUGUGCCCAUUGGUGUGACGUCGCCGAACCUUAGUCCCGUCGCCCACCUGUCCUUAUCACUUAGAGCCUGACGGCUGAACACGAACAGCCAAACGUUGGUGAAGGUUUCUUUGUUCGCUGGUAGUUCUGUCCAGCUUGCUUCGAUCCAUCCAGAAUCUGCAGAUGUUUCACGGCAUUUCCUUGUUCCACAGGUUCAGUCUGACCUUCCUCUACUAACACAUGGUUCAUGCAUCUGGGUUGUAACUUUAUCCUUGUUGCUGCAGUUUUCUUUGCAUACUGUAGUUGAACAUUAUUUAUCAUCAUCAAAAAAGAAACAUAAGAACAGUUUAUUAGGCCAAGCUAAAAGCACCUGCCAGUUAAGGGGAUGCCAUUCUACAUCUGUGGAUUGAAGGCUGUUCAGGAAUCUUUUUGGGGCGGGGGGGUUGUUCUUGUUUUUGAUGUUCAGUAUUGACAUAUCCUAAGCAGUAUUAUUGGUAGACCAAUUCAUGGUGAAAUGUGAAAUUGCCCAUGUUGGAGUUUCGUUUACAAAUAUCCCAGAACUGACUAAGCUCUGAUUUUCAGUGGUAAUUACCAAGGACCCCCAACAUUUUAUGUAUUUACCUGAUCAUUUGUCUUCCACAUGCCCUGUAUUUAAGUGAUGUUUUUAAAAUGAUGAUUACAGGAACAUUUUAUGUGUGCAUAACACUAAGACUGCAGAACAUUUUAAACUGAAAACCUGAUCACCGACAUGUGACCCCUCCCUGUACAUCAUGUGUGUUACAUGCAGGACAAGGCAGAGGUCACCAUUCAACACCUUUUUUUGUUGAACCUAAAAUGGCUGUGAGUUUGAUCACUAUCAUUAUAAUGUGUCUAUUAAUAAAUGUAAACAUCCAAAAAUG